AUGUCAACUACUAAUAACAAUAUUGUAAAACUCUCGGACGAGGAGUGGAAGCAGCGUCUGACACCCAUGCAGUUUCAAGUAUUGAGACUCAAGGGCACAGAACGUGCUGGUGUUGGAGAGUACAUUAAGAAUAAGGAAACGGGUGUUUACGUUUGUGCUGGAUGCAAGAACCCUGUGUACACGUCCGCCACCAAAUUUGACUCAGGGUGUGGCUGGCCGGCCUUCUAUGACGCCAUCCCCGGCGCGAUUAAGGCGGUAGCUGAUGCUGAUGGAUAUCGUACAGAAAUUAUGUGUGCCAAGUGCGACGGCCACAUGGGCCAUGUGUUUAAAGGAGAAGGAUUUAAGACGCCUACAAACGAGCGCCACUGCGUAAACAGUGUAUCUCUUAUCUUUCACGCAGGAGAAGUUCCAUCUCAGUGA